CAUAUAUGUACAUAUGUGGUACUGUGUGAAUGUGCGCGCGUGUAAAGUUGUGUGUGUCAUUCAAGAGAACAUAAAAAAGACUUUUUGCAAAGCGUUACGCUCAGUGCUUAAAUUGAUCACUUUGCUAAUAUGAUACGCUUCAUUCUUAUACAAAACAGAGCAGGUAAGACUAGAUUAGCUAAGUGGUACAUGAAUUUUGAUGAUGAUGAAAAACAGAAAUUAAUAGAAGAGGUUCAUGCAGUAGUUACUGUCAGAGAUGCAAAACAUACAAAUUUUGUUGAGUUUCGCAAUUUUAAAAUUGUUUAUAGAAGAUAUGCAGGUUUAUACUUCUGCAUCUGUGUUGACGUUAAUGAUAAUAAUCUCUGUUACUUAGAAGCAAUUCAUAAUUUCGUAGAGGUAUUGAAUGAAUAUUUCCAUAAUGUAUGUGAAUUGGAUUUAGUCUUCAAUUUUUAUAAGGUUUACACUGUUGUGGAUGAGAUGUUCUUAGCAGGUGAGAUCAGAGAGACAAGUCAAACCAAAGUGUUAAAGCAGCUAUUGACUUUAAAUUCUUUAGAAUAAACAAGCUUGCACACUUGACUUUAUGUGUUAAUAACAAUAUAUGAUCUGAAAUAUGUAUUCUAAGAGUGUGGAUAUAUAUAUAUAUAUAUAUGUAUAUAUAUGUAUUGCAUAUAUAUGUGUAUAUAUAUAUAUAUUGCAUAAUAUACCAUACUCGUACAUAAUUGUAAGAAUUCCAAGGUUUGUUCAAAUUUGAUGCUAUCAGAGUAUAGUAAAUAAUUUCAAUGCUAUAAAUACGGAUUAUUUGAAAUAUCUGAAUAAUAAAAAAUCGCGAAUCCGUAACGAAUGAGAUUGUACUUUGGUAACAAAAGAAAAGUGAGACAAAUUCCUUGUAUGUUAUCUAAAUAUUCCGGAGAAAAUUCUUGGAAGCCUUAGUAAGGACUACAAUUUUGUGAUCUUCAACAAUUGUUUGUUUAAUGAGGAAUAUAAUGUAUGUAAUUCUCUAUCAUUUUGCAUAUAUUAAAAUUCUUGAAAAAAUCGUAAUAGCGUUCAAAACACGACAAAUUAUUGUGAAAAGAUAUGAAAUAUAUUGAUUUUGGCAUGUAAUAAAUUCUGUAAAUACA